GAGCAUAUCUCCAUCAUAGUUUGGAUACCUUCUAGUGAAUAGAGUACCUAGUUUUCGCCUGGUCAAAUUGUUUAUUCUCUUAUAUUCUUCUUAGAAUCCUCAAAAAUGGUGUCUGACUUCAGAAAGAAGAAGCUUCUGCACGUAUUUACCUCAUUUUUCGACAGGAAUGCAAGUGGUUCAAUCGACAAGAGUGACUUCGAUUUAGCGAUUGAAAAUAUAACUAAGCUACGAGGCUGGUCAGCUGGUGAUGCCAAAUACAAGGAAGUGCAAUCUGCUUUGCUGAAGAUAUGGGAGGGAUUGCAAAGUCGUGCGGAUGUUGAUAAAGACGGCCAGGUGAGUGUAGAUGAAUGGAUUGCAAUGUGGGAGGAGUACGCUAAGAACCCGGCUUCUCCUCUCGAGUGGCAAAGUCUGUAUUGCAAGUUCAUCUUCCAAUUGGAGGAUGCGAGUGGUGAUGGAGCUAUCGAUGGAGAGGAGUUUUCAUCUGUCUAUGCGUCUUUUGGCCUCAGCAAGGACGAUGCUCUAGCGGCCUUCAGAAACAUGUCAAAAGGAAAGGCUAAUGUAUCCUGGGGUGAAUUCCAAGAAUUGUGGAAGGAAUAUUUCACAACUGAAGAUCCCAAUGCACCCGGAAACUUCAUCUUUGGAAAGGCGAAGUUUUAGUGCUAUUUAACUAAGUUUUUUUUAUGUAAAUAAUAAUUAAUGUUUUGUGUAUGGAAUGUAAUUUGAUCCUAAAUAACUAUGUUAUUGAUAUGUUGUGUGAUAUAUAUGUUAUAACGUUUGGCAUUUAUUAAAAGUGAUAUGGAGAUGU